AUGCCACGCGGGGCGCUUGUGUGGGGCCUGCUGUCUGCGGCGGCGGCGUGUGUGGCCGCACAGCAGCAUGUGUUCAGCAUGGAGAGCGAUGCACCGCUCUCCGGGCGCUUCCUACACAUCACCGAUAUGCACAUGGACGGGCACUACCGGGAGGGCAGCUCGGUCGUAUCCCAGUGCCACAGGGACGCACCGCACAAGAAGCACGGUGGUCAGUGGCGCUCGGGGUACUGGGGCACGCCUGUGAGCGACUGUGAUGCGCCGCUGCAGCUUGCCAAUGCGACGCUGCAGUGGGCCAAGGAGGCAUGGCAGCCUGAGCCCAGCGACGCUUUUUCGGGUGUGCCCGCGGUCCCGUUCGACUUUAUCCUGUGGACGGGCGACUCGGCGCGCCAUGAGCAAGAUGGCACGAUCCCGCGCACGCCCAAGGAGAUCCAGGACCUCAACCGCUACACGGUGGGCCUGUUCGAGCACUACUUCCCUGGCGUGCCGCUAGUGCCGAACUUUGGCAACAACGAUAUUCAGCUGCACAACACCAUGCCUGGUGGCCCGACGCAAGAGAUCGAGGCUUUUGCCGAUAUCUGGCAGAAGCACAUCCCUUCUGACCAGCGCGAUACCUUCCUGCGAGGCGGCUACUUUGCCAAGGACGUGAUUCCCGACAAGUUGGGCGUCAUCAGCCUCAAUACCCUCUACUUUUACGACUCGAACAAGGCCGUCGAUGGCUGUCCUCGCAGGCGCAGGCAGGAUAGGGACAGUCACGUCGAUCCGGGCACGCUGCAGCUCGAGUGGCUCACCGAGCGCCUCGUCGAGUUCCGGCACCGCAACAUGCAGGUGCACCUGAUCGGCCAUGUGCCGCCGACGGCUGGCAACUACUUUGACCGCUGCUUCGAUGUGUACACAGAGCUCGUCCUGCGCUUCCAGGACACGAUUGUGGGCCAGCACUUUGGCCACAUGAACCUCGACGCCUUUUUCGUGCAAGAGUCCGCGCUCGCCUCGAAGAAGCACCCGCGGCCCAAGAUCCCGAUUGUGUACAAGCCGAUCGAGGAGGAUUUGCGGUACGACUACGAGUCGCUGCCAGGCAACGCGCGCACCAACAUGGACCUGUACAGUGUGUUCUACGAGGCGCCCAGCUUGGUUCCGACCUAUCUGCCGUCGCUACGUGUGUGGACGUACAACACGAGCCUCGAGCACGACAAUCGCCCCGUGUGGAACCGGGAAUUUACCAAUGACCUCGCCGUGCUACUCGACUACGUAUCGUAUGACCUGUGUGACGACCACGAGGCAUCGGACGAGUGCGAGCCCUAUCCGCUGCCGGGCGAUGUGACGGUGUGGAAGAAGGACCGGCAACACAGCCGCCCGCCGCACCGCCGUCGCCACCGCCGCCGGGACCAGAGGCUCCCCCGGUACGCGUCGCCUCUGUCGCCGUCGCGCACCAACACCUUCCUAACGCCGCUGGGCUAUAGCCAAUGGGUGCUGGACCUCGACGCUGCGAACGCCGAGUUCCUGCAUAAGCGCAAGAAGCACGGCGGCAGGGCGCCCACAAACCUGACGCUCGACUUUGACCUGGAGUACACGACCUACACGGCGCCUGUCCUGUGGCACCAGUACCACGACAAGCUCGUAAGCCCCAGCGAGAUUAUGCCGCCGCCGCACCACCAUGAGUCGCCGCAGGACCACCACAUCCCGGUGCCGCGCGCGCUGCUCGAGCGUGCUCUCAGGCAGGCGGGUAUCACGUCGCCCUUUGACUGCGACGGCAGCGUGUGCCGCCUGGCCAAGCCCGUCAAGCCCCUUACCAACUAUGCGCGGGACGACAUGACGCUGCGCUCGGUCAUGGACCUUGCCCGGCGCCUCGUGCUCGACAAGAAGCUGUGGAAGACGUAUGUGCAUCGCAUGUACACCAACAGUCUCAUAAACUAA